GCGCAGUGUUGGCCUGCUGAGGGGAAACGACCUGCAUUUGGCAACGCUGAUCACGGACCGACAUCGCCAGGUUGCCAAAUGGGUGAGAGAGGAGCUGAUCCCUGAAGGGACACAGCAUUAUUUUGACGUGUGGCACAUUGCCAAAAGUCUGGGGAAGGCAUUGGAUGCAGCAUCCAAAGAGUGUGACCAACUACAGUUGUGGAGGCCAGCUAUAGUGAAUCACCUCUAUUGGACUGCAGCCUCAACCCCAGAUGGCAACCCAGCGGUCAUGGAGGCCAAAUGGAGAAGUUUAGUGAACCACAUCCAGGACAUCCAUGACCAUGACACCCCUGCCUUCUCCAGUUGUGCCCAUGGCCGUCUAGACGAAGAUCAGCGCAACAAAGAGUGGCUGGACCCAGGCUCAUUGGCAGCAGUCAAGUUGGAGAACAUAAUGAUGAGGGCUGCCUUGCUGAAAGAUGUUCGUCAGCUGUCUCCACAGCACCAGACCUUCUCCCUUGAGGCUUACCACUCCCUCAUCUUGCACUUCGCGCCCAAGCACACUGGGUUUUCAUACCUUGGGAUGUAUAGCAGGCUUCUCUUAGCGGCGCUGCAUUAUAAUCACAAUGCCAAUCGCGAGACAGCACGGAGAAGUGACGGGACGGAGAAGUACUGCGUGCGGUAUCCGCGCAUCAGAAAAGGUGCCCAUGUGGUGCGUCCCAUCAAAGAGGCAGCCUCAUACGGUUAUGCAACAUCAUUAAUGAAGGCCCUUCGGGAGAGCUACGCCAAUUCACCCGCGGUUCUUCGAGAGGUUGGCGCCAAUUUGUCCUCCGAUGCACCCGCCCCCAUCGCCAAAUCCUUCGAACAGAUUCCUAAGGAGGAGGCCAUCAGCCUCUACCUAGCCCGGCAGUCACGCUUCAAGAAAACCUAAUUUCACAUUAUUAUUUUUUUCCACGGACAAGUCCAAUGAUUUAGUUGUUAUUAUUUGCAUGAAAUUUCUUUGUAUAUAAUUCAAAAUAAUUUGGUAAUCAUUUUACCUGUGCCUUGUCAACCUCUGUGUGCGGUGUUGUCUGGGCUCACUGUGUCUGCUUGAUGUGCUUUUGCAUGUAUCACUGCAUGUAUGCAUGCAUGAAAUAGUGUGCGUGUGUGUGUGUGUGAGAGAAAGAGAACCAUCAACUGACCCUCGGGUAUGACU